CAUCAUGUUCCGCACGCGGCUGCUACGGACGCCCAAGCAGGCAUUGGGCCUGGGCCUGCGCGCAUCGUCCGCCAACACCAGCUUCAACACCAGCUUCAGCGCCGGCUUCAACGCUGCCCGGAGAAGCCUGCAUUCGGUGCCGGCGCUGCCUCAUGACUACUCCCAGGGUGUGCCCAACCUGAUGAGCGCCGGCGGCUUCGCCAUUGCGUGGACAGACUACAUGAAGCUGAUGCUGGACAAGCUCAACGCCAUGGUUGCUGGCACCGAUCUCGAAGACCGCGACAUGAAAACCAUCCUCCUCAUGACCGCCCGCGAACCCAACCAGGCCGCCAUCUUCAACUACGCCUCCAUGGCCCACAACAACCACUUCUUCUUCCAGGGCAUCGCCCCCGCCGGCACGCCCAUGCCCGAGGACCUGCGCCGCGAGCUCGAGGCCUCCUUCUCCUCCAUCGACACCCUGCGCCGCGAGUUCGUCGCCACCGCCUCCGCCAUGUUCGGCCCGGGCUUCCUGUGGCUCGUCAAGGCCGGCCCCGGCGACUACCGCCUGCUGCCCACCUAUCUCGCCGGUUCGCCUUACCCGGGUGCCCACUGGAGGGUGCAGUCCACGGACAUGAACACCGUUGGCAACGAGGGAUCCGCGAGGCAGUACUACACCAGCCAGGCGCUGGGUGCCAGGAGGAGGGUUGGCGAUUUGCCCCCUGGAGGUAUUGAGCUGGAGCCGCUGCUGUGUCUUAAUACGUGGGAGCAUGCUUGGCUGCUGGAUUGGGGCGUGGGAGCUGGUGGAAAUGGUGGCAAGGCUGCGUUUGUCGAGUCUUGGUGGAAUUUGAUUGAUUGGGAAAAGGUGCACCAGAGAUCUGGCGUGGCGCGCCCCGAGUUCAUGUCAGAAACAUCUCCAUGAAGAGAGAGAGAGAGAGAGAGACGUGAUGGGGUGGUUGAUGUCAGGAGAGGACGAAAAAAAAGAAAUCAAAGAGGUCGGAGAAGCAAGGGAAAGGGAGCGAAAUCUAACGUAUAUAUGUGUCAUUACUGAAAACAAAAAGAGAUAUAUGGUCGGCAGGCCCUGCCCUCAGUAUACGAUAUUGGGAAGCAUAUCGUAUGAAAGAUGCGGGCUGGAAUAGAUGUAAGAUAGUGUAAAAGUACUACAUAUAUAUAUUUACUAUGCUCUAUCUACAAAAAUAUAUAACAGUACAAAGUA